AUGGCUACAGUUACCAUGGAUGAAGGACGCCACCAUGUCAGCCAGAAGGAACUUGGUUUUAGAAAACCCGAGAUCUUCAACAGUUCAGACUGUUCGAAGCUUAGGGAAUUUAUAAACCAAUGCAAGAACUACAUGGCCGGAAAUAGCCAUGUCUACCAGGAGGACAAUCAGAAGAUUGCAUUCGUGCUAUCGCACAUGCAAGGAGGAACAGCAGGAUCAUGGGCACAGAGCUUCAUAGAGACGGAACUCACCAAUGACGACUUCCUUUCUUAUGGGAGUUGGAGAGACUUCAUUGCGAGUGUGAACAAAGCAUUUGGCGAUGAAAAUAUUGAAGAAACCGCUUGUACCUUGCUGCAUAACAUCAAGCAAGGAACUCGUACUGCGGACAACUACAUUGCCGAAUUCCGAUCGCUUGAAUCCAAGGCGAAACUAGAAGAUGCCGAAAAUAUCGAGUAUUUCAAGUGGGGGCUUAACGACCCACUCCGACAAAGGAUAUAUGGGAUGGAAAGCAUGCCCAAGACACUUGACAAGUGGUACGAAUACACCUCACGAUUUGACAACCAAUGGAGAUCUGCUCAGAUCUUCAAGCGAGGAGCCACUACGACAACACGAGGAAAAGGCCGACCUGUCCAUCGUCCCUACUACUCGGCUUCUGCAAAGGAUCCAAAUGCGAUGGAUGUUGACCGUGUCAAUAUCUCGCGCUUAUCCCCGGACGAGCGACAGAAGAGAAUGAAAGAAGGAUUAUGUUUCCUAUGCGGAAAGAAGGGCCAUAUAGCCAACGACAGACAAUUCCACCCCCAGUCUGGAAGUUUCACCCGUGCUAGAACGAUACAGCCCGGGUUGGACACAGACACGAUCACAUGGAUCAAGAAGAUGCGAGAAGACCUCGCACAGAAGAAGGAGACGUCGAAGGAAGAAACCAGAGAGGAACAGAUCGCCUAUGUGCGAAACGUCUUCAACGACAUGACUGAUGAAGAACGAACCCAAUUGGCCGAAACGUUCAUGAACAUUCGUUUUGCAGAAGAAAAUGAUUUCAUCAGAUGGGAAUUACCGAAACCGAUUAAAGUCAUGAAUGCAGAUGGCACACCAAAUCAAAUGGGUACCAUUACUCAUUGUACCUGGAAGAUGAUGAAAAUCGGAGGAAGGAAGACACUUACUUGCUUCCUCUUGACCGGCAUUGGCAAAGAAAACAUACUUCUCGGCAUGCCGUGGCUUAAACGCCUCAAUCCGAUGAUCAACUGGGAAACCGGUGACUUUUGGUUUGGUAAAGACGCCAAAUGGCCACCGAAACCCAUCGUCGAAAAUGCACCAGAUGAAGAAGUUUCGAUUUUCAAGGAAGAUGGACUCCCAGAGUUAAUCAACACCAAAACUUCCCCUAUCUCGUUUGGGCAUUCGGAAUCUAUCAGAGAAAUCAUGGCCGAUAACACUGAGCGUGGCGAGUUACCUGCAGUGCAGAAUGAUACCGAAUCAGAUGACCCACCAUCAGAACCCUCUAUGGAUCAGCUCGAUGACAACGAUCUAGUUAUCUCCUAUAUUGCAGGAGAGCCAGUUAUUGGGAUAUUUGAACCCAUCAGGAAGGAGUCACCUUUGAUGAAUGAAGAGACUGAAACUGCAGUCUUCACCAUACGAAGAGGCCCAGCCAUUGGAAGAAUGACACACAGUACUCGAUCCCCAUUAUUCUGUAACGCACAGAAUACGGUCUUUUACAAACCAUCCGGUAAAUCACAAGAAUUGGCACAACAGGCACAUAAGAAAGCAUCGGCUGUAGACAAACCCAAAACUGUUGAGGAGUUGGUCCCCAACUACCUCCAUGAUUUGAAGUCCGUCUUCGAAAAGAAAGCAGCUGAACACUUUCCAGAAACCAGGCCUUGGGACCACACCAUUGACUUGAAACCCAAUUUUAUUCCACGCGACUGUAAAAUCUAUCCGUUAUCGCUCAAAGAACAAGGAGCGAUGGAUGACUUCCUGGAAGAAAAUCUGCAAAAAGGAUACAUCCGACCGUCGAAAUCUCCCAUGGCUUCACCAUUUUUCUUCGUAGGAAAGAAAGAUGGAGCACUACGUCCCUGUCAGGAUUACCGAUACCUGAUUGAAGGGACGGUGAAGAAUGCCUACCCUCUUCCGCUCAUCUCUGACCUUAUGGAUCAAUUCAAAGGCGCAUCGAUCUUUACGAAAAUGGAUUUACGCUCCGGAUAUAACAAUGUCAGAAUCAAAGAUGAUGACCAAUGGAAGGGCGCAUUUAAGACAAAUCGCGAACUUUUCAAACCUAUGGUCAUGUUCUUUGGACUCUGCAACUCCCCGGCGACUUUCCAAAUGAUGAUGAAUGUACUCUUCAAGGACAUAAUCGAUGAGAAAUGGAUAGUCAUUUACAUGGAUGAUAUCCUCAUCUUCUCAAACGAUUUGGAAGAACAUCACGUUCGAACCCGACGCAUACUCCAACGACUCAAAGACAACGACUUAUUCCUUAAACCGGAAAAGUGUUUCUUUGACGUUAAAGAAGUCGAAUUCCUAGGCAUGAUCAUUCGAGAAAACUACAUUGGCAUGGACCCUAUCAAACUUAAAGGAAUUGCAGAAUGGCCUGAACCAAGCACAGUAAAAGGUGUUCGCUCUUUCCUAGGGUUUGGAAACUUCUAUCGGAAGUUUAUUGCCAACUUCUCGGAUAUUGCCAAACCAUUGACGAAUCUUACGCGCACUGCCGCUGGAUCUUCACCUUUUGAAUGGACAACAGAAUGUCAGACAGCUUUCGACACAUUGAAGCAACGAUUCAGUACCGCCCCAGUACUGUUACUGCCUGACAAGGCAAAACCCUUUAUUGUUGAAUCUGACGCUUCCAAGUUUGCUACGGGUACGCUCAAUCCAGCUGAAUGGAACUACGAAAUCUACGACCGCGAACUCCUCGGAAUCAUUCGAGCCCUCACUGAAUGGCGCCAUUAUCUUGAAGGCUCUCCCCAUCCCAUCGAAGUUCGCAGUGAUCACAAGAACCUCACGUACUUCCGUACAGCUCAGAAGUUAAACCGCCGACAAGCACGAUGGAGUCUCAAAUUAUCACAAUUUGAUCUUCACCUCAUCCAUGUCCCUGGCACUCAGAUGAUCCAAUCUGAUGCGCUAUCUCGUCGUAACAGACUCGAUGACAGUGAAAGUGACAACGAAGAUCACGUUCUUUUACCCAACGCACUAUUCGUGUGA